GUGCCUCACCGAGUGUUACUUUUUCUGAUCCCUUAUAUCGUGUGUUCACCGUCUUCUGUGUUCUUUUUCUGGUCUUUACUCAGUGAAAGCUCUUCGCCUAUCGUUAUCCAGCUCUUUAUAUUUAUACCGUAAAAACUAAAAAACUCCUUCAAAAAAAAAAAUGGUCCACACUCCUCUUGUCUUCUUCACCGCCUUCCUUGGCCUUACGAGCAUGGUUGCCGCCGCCAUCGGUGCGCACGGCCUCCACAGUUACCCCGAAAGCGCACGUCAGAUGUUCCAGUCAGCCGCCCACUACCAGAUGUUGCAUGACCUCGCCGCUAUCGCGACCCUUGCUCUGGCGGAAGCUAUACGCCCCACGAAUCCGAAGGCCGCGAAGUGGAUGGACAUUGCGGCGUGGCUCUUCGCGGUGGGCACGACGUUCUUCUCCUUCACAAUCUACGCCACCACCUUGGGUGCUCCGCAGGCACUGGCUCCGCUGACACCGUCUGGUGGGCUGAUGAUGAUGACGGGGUGGUGCCUUGUCAUGGUGGCGGCCUUCUUCCUGUACCACACAGGAGCGCCAGAGUAA